AUGUUUCUACGCAGUUUUUUGUCAAAGCCUAGAAGGUGAGCAGUUUUAAAUAUUCAAAAAGGCAACAAUUUUUAUCAAUUUUUUUUAAUUAUUAUCAUUAUAUCAUUGCAGAACUAUGCGACUCAACUCUUAUAAAGCGUCCGGUUUUGAAAAAGUUGCGAAUUAUGAAAAUAUUGCACGAUCUUUUUUUCAGUUCGAGCAAAAUGAAAAGGAUAAUUUCAGGUUGGUGAGGAACUUUGUUUUAACGGAAAUAAAUUCGAUUUUUUCGAAAAAGUGAAAAACUUCUUUGUGUGUUCUUUGAAUUAUAUCAUAGUUUGUUGCGAUUUAUGAUAACAUAACACAUUUUUCAGGCCAAAAAUAAUAGUCAAUUCGCGACAAGGAUCUCAUUCUUCAGCCUACGGUGGACUCGUAUUUGCACAAGCACUUUCAGCCGCCGAAAAUACUGUUGAAAAUAUUUAUAAACCACACUCUGUACAUUCGUUUUUUAUAUUGAGCGGUAAGUACACACCCUUCCGCAACAACAACGACGAAAUAUUUGAGAGACGGUUAGAGAGAAAACAUUUGGCAAUAGGGCGAACAUGCGUUAGUGAACUCAAACUCGUUUGCCAGCGCUUAACCACAUCUCGGGGAAACAGUAAAACGUUUUUCUACUUUAAAUUUUUUUUUAAAACAAUGUUGAAAAACUCACUUUUCCUCCAGUUUUCCUCGUUUUUUGCAAAUCAUUCAACCAAAAUUCGCUUCAUAAAUUGUUUCGAUAUUUUCAUCAUUUUGCUGACGUGUUUCCUGUAAAAUAGAAUUGAGUAAAAUUUAAAUAAGAGUUCCAAACUGAAGAAAAAUUCAAGAAAGUACAUUUUCUCAUAAAAUUACUCGUUGAGCACCAGUUUUAGUACAAAACUAUCAAAAAUCAACUAAACUUGUGUUACUUUUACUAGGAAAAUUGAUAAAUAUGAAUUUUACAUCAAGUUUCAUUCAAAUUCAUGGAAAAACAACAAAAAAUCCAAAAACCCAAGAAAGAACGAAAAAAUAAGAGUGUGUGUCAACACCGACUGCCCGCAAACACCAAAUCCUACGCGCAAUCUUGUAAAAAUAAAAUAACGACACUCCGCUCAGACAGUGUGUGAAAAUUGAACAACAGGCAAGCCGAGUGUAGUUUUUUUACUUUCAUUUUUUUCCUUUUUUGGUCUGGAAGCAACUAGUUUCCGAAAAAACAAAAGUAGAAAUGGAAGUGCGCCCUAUUGAUAAAAAUUUCAUGUCUCGCACUCUCUCAAAAAUGUGUGUAUUUCGUCGUUGAUGUUUUUUAUCACGAAAAAACUUGAUUAUUAAAAAAAUGUUAUAGUUGAUACAAAAGAGCCGAUUGAAUAUAAAGUGAAACGAGCAAGAGAUGGAAAAUCAUUCGCAACACGAACAGUUGAAGCGAUUCAAAAAGAAAAGACUGUUUUUGUCCUCCAAGCUUCGUUUCAUGUAGACGAACCUCAAUCAAUAGUUCACCAAUGUCAAAUGCCAGAUGUUCCAGCUCCCGAAACAUUAAUGAGUAUGCGAGAUGCGGUGCCUUAUAUGAAAAAUAUGAUUGAGAAUGGUGAAUUAACAGCACCAGCAGCGAUUUUGAAUCGAUUGAAGAAGUAUGAAACACAAGUUUAUACACAUGACGAAGAUCUUUUUGAAAUGCGUCCAACUAAUUUGGCCAAAUAUUUUGGACAUGAAAAUGAUCGAAAACCAUCGUUGUAUAUUUGGAUGAGAGCUAGAGGAGAUGUAGAUGAAAAUGAUGAAAGGCUACACCGAUUAUUGAUUGCGUAUAAUAGUGAUUCUUCAAUGAUAACAGCUGCAACAACACCACAUUAUGCGGAAGGAUUCAAGCCAUCAAUGUUAUUUUCUCUUGAUCAUUGUGUUUGGUUUCAUCGUGGACAAAUGAAGGCAGAUGAUUGGUUAUUAUUUGAAGUUAUAUCUGAUGUUGCGUCUGGUAGUCGAGCAUCAUCUCAUGGUCGAAUUUGGUCGAGAGAUGGAAUAUUAGUAGCAUCAUGCCAUCAAGAAUCGUUAAUUCGAACAAAGGGAAUUGUAUCGAUGCUCUAA